AUGUUCGAAACUUCUGUUGAUUUGCAGGGAAAUGAUCUUGUGUGGCUAAAUAAACCAGAACUUCCCGUUGCAGAUGAGGAAAAUAGAAAACUAGAAGAGGAGUUGAGAAAGAAAAAGAUUGAAGUGGAAAGAUUGAAAAUUAUUGUGCAGAAUAAUAUUGGUCUUGCAAAGCAAACAAGAGAGCACAUUGAUGAGUUACGCCAAACUCUAAGUUUCAAACAACAAAUGUAUAGAACAAAGGAACAUGAAUUGGAAAUGGAAGUGCAUGCUUAUAAAGUAUUGGAAAGAGAAUGCAGCCGCCUACAACAUGAAAUAAAGAUAGUGAAUCAAGAAAUAAAGACUCUAAAAGAAAGAGAAAAACUGAGAGAGACUCGUAUUGCCGAACAAUUGGAAAAGCGUGAUAAGCUGAAAUCAGAAAUUCAAUGGGAUGAAAAGAAUUUAUUGAUGCACCUUGAAAAGUCUGCUCAAAUGGAAAAAGACAACAUGGCCCUUUUAAAGUACUCCAGUGAGGAUGACAGUAAAAUAAAUGAACUUGGAUUACUUAUUGAAAAGCAUAGCAAAGAAUGUUUUGAGAGAAAAAAUGCUCUUGAUGAUGCGAACACUGAAGUUUUUAUUGUGCAGUCAGAACUAGAUCGAAUGCAAGAGGAGUUCCAAAAUGCAUACACCGAAAGAAGCAACAUAAUAAGCAAUUGGGAGAAAGUUAUGCAACAAAUUCAACAAAGAAAUUCCGAUAUCAAGAAAUUGUCAGAACGUAUGACAAAGAUGAAAGACGAAGAAACCCAGCUAAAGCGUAUGCAAAAAGAGCAGUUUCAGCUUUUGUCUUCAGAAACGGCUCGUAAUGAUGAGUUAGAGCGCAAUAUUAGAGAAAAAGACAACCUUUCUACUAAGCUAAGAAAUGCUUUCAAAGAUGCUCAAGCUCGUGAAGAAAACCUAAAAGCUGAGCUAUCCACUGUCAAAAAUACCUCAAACUACCUACUAUAUCAGAAACAAAUAAUUGAAAAUAAUUUGAAGCAGCUCGAUAAGCAAUUGAAUCAAAAAAGUCAAAGACUAGAAGAAGUUAAUAACAUGAAUAAGAAAUUAGAAAAUGAUAUUGAAGCUUUAAACAAAGAAACAUUUGAAGCUGACCAUUGCACUAAAGAACUGGAAAAUCUUCUUGCAAGAGAAAAUGCUAAAAAUAUACAGUUGCAAAAAAAUAUAGACAAUCUUUCUAAAGAAAUUUUAAAGUAUAGUCACGAAAUAAAAAAUAUCACAGAAGACGAGAAGCAUACAGAAUCAUUGAUAAAGAAUUUAGAAACUGAGCAACGUAAUCUGGAUAAAAAAAUUGCUGCCACAGAUCGGCUUAGGACCAAACAAGAGAGCGAAAUGUAUGAAAUUGAGUCUAAACUAGAAAAGUUGCAACUCAGAAUCAAGAAAAUGGCAGGAGUUACAAAUGAAGAGGAAAAGCGUCAAAUGGAAGCUGAACGUUCCCAACUUUUGUCAAUUUUAGAUGAAAAGAAAACAGCUUUAAAUAUGCUUACUGAAGAAUUGAAAGUUAUGAUGGAAAGAAUAACCCUCUCAACUAAAGAACUGGAGAAUAAUAGGAAACUAAAUUCGGAAUUGGUGGAAACAAUAAAAUCGCUUGAAUUUUAUGUGUUUAAUUCUCAAAAAACACUGAAGUGUUGCAUUUCACGAAAACAAGAAUUGCUUGUUCAAGAAUGCCUGCUUAGAUUUCAAGUGAAGAGGUAUCAAAAAAUUUUAAACAAUCGUAACAAGUCGGUAUUUUCUCUUCAAAAAGAUAAAGUUGAAUUUGAAACGAUGAUGAAAGAAAGAAUAGAAGAGUUGAAAAGUUGUACUGAUGUGCUUGAUGCUGAAAUAAGAACCGAACAAGAUGAAGAUGGUACAAUAAAGAGAAAGCUUCAUGACUGUGAUGAUAAAGUCACCAAACUUCAAACCAAAUACAAAGUCAUUAUGGAUGCUUUGGGAGUAAGUGAACCUGGAGAAAGUGCGGAGGCUGAAAUGUUACUUAAAGCUGAAGACGAAAAAAGAGAUUUGCAGCAUGAACGAGAUAAAUUAAUAUCCAAAGUUUUUGAAAAUGCUGAUGAGUUAUCUGCUCUGAAAAAUACGCUUUGGGUGAUUGAUGCAGCAAACGAGCAAUUCAGAGAAUCAUUGCACCCUCCUGGAAUUUCUUUGGAAGACAGUGAGAUUCUAAAGAAAUCUGAAAUUGAUGGUCAAGCAAUUGCUAUUGAGCUUCACGAGAGUAAAAAACAAGUAAAGGCAUUAGAAGAGCGUAUAGAACAGAAAAGAGAAGAACUGAAGCAAAAGCAAAAAUCUUCAGAUGAAUUUCAAGACAUUAUGCUUGAUAGACAAAAUGAAAAUGAAAUGAUUUCUAAAGAAAUAGCUGAAAUUCAAGCCAAAAUUCAAAGAGCUGACAAAACCAAUUCACGCUUAAGUCUUGAAGUAAAAAAUAAGAGUGAUCAACCAGAUAUUGAAGAGGACAUUAGGAUAUAUCUUUUACGAGAAAUAAGAAGAACAGUUUCGGAUUUACUCUUUGCUGCUGUUGAGAAUAAACCAGAGAUUUUUACUAAAGUGCAUGAUAUGUUCCAAGAGGCUAAUUUGCCGCUCCCAUCGAGAGCCAGAUCUUCACUGUCCAGACAUUCUUCAAUUUCUAGUUUGAAUUCUCGAAGUACUUCCAGGAGUUCUAACCAUAAAAGUAAUGGGUCUCAAAGAUCAAAUCCUAGCUCGGGUAGACAAGGUUCAUCUGAAUCAGUUUCACCUUCAAUAAUUACUCUUGGUGCUGAUUUAUGA